AAAAAUAUCGAGUAAAUGCACAAUACAAUACAAACUCUUAAAAUGUCAUUAAAAAGUUAUGAUUCACUUAAAAAGAAUUAGGAAAAAUGACAUAAUUCUAUACAAGAAUUUCACUAUCAAGAAAUUAAUCAGAUGUAAAUAAUCUUGAUAACUUUGAACAAGUCUGCUUGUUAAGUGUCACCCCUUUUCUUUUAAAUUAAAUGGACAGAAUGUGUUACUUUCCAGUUAUAUAAUCUAGUUAUAUAACUGGUCAGGUUUAAUUAUGAAUUAUGAAUAAGAAGAUUAGGUGACACAGCAUAUAUUUACAUAAACUGAGAAAUGUAAUUUUACUGUUUUGUGGUGUAAAUCAGAUAUAGUGGAUAACAUUUCCAAUCUCCUGGUAGUUUGGGGAGGUGCCCAGGCACCUCUGCAAUUUUAAUUUCGCCCUAGCAAAAUGGCUCUACAGUUCAAACAAGAAGGCAGCCCUCUGACCAGUUUGACAUAAAGCGAGGAAAAUCAGUACACCAGCAGAACUCUCAAAGACAGGGGUGCCCAAGUCCAAUCCUUGAAAACUAUUGUCCUGUAACUCUUAAGGUAGCUCUUGUGGACUACGAUCACACAAGAGGCAAAUACGACUCAAACCAAAUUUUUUCUCUUAUGUGAGCCAUAUCUUUUCAUAGAUUUUCAUAUCUGCAUUUUCAUUUCAAGGCAGCCUGAAGAGACUAAUUCAGAUCUUUUCACUCCUACAAAAUCAGAUUUGUUCUACUUCCAUGUGUUACUAAAUCAGAUAUGUAUCUGAUAGUUUUCAAAGUGUCUGCAGUCAGAACAUUCAUGCUGCAUUUUAGUAGACUUUUGCCUGGAGAAAAAUUGUGAUACCUCUGGAAAAGAUUGAAAAUAAUUUGACCUUAGAGACAUGUUAAACUGAGAUGUGUCCUCUUAGUAGCAUUACAGGUGUCUUCAAGCUUGUAGUCAGUUUGUGUAAUAAAAUAGUGACAAGUAGAUGGUACUGUUUGGCUACAUUGUGUGUACCACACUGAAAAUAGACCAAAUGUAGCAAAAGAGAGAGUUGUCCCAGAAGAUUAGAAAGAAAAUUAUAGACAAGCAUGUUAAAGGUAAAGACAACAUCACUCCAAAUAAUAUAUAAUGUGACUACAGCUGUACAUAUUAUUCAGACGUUUAAGGACCACAGGACUGUAGCCAACUUCCCUGGCUGUGGCUAAAGAGGAAAACUGAUGACAAAUUGAAGAGAAGGACAAUAUAAAUGGUAACCAAAGAGCUUAAAGCAACUUCCACAGAAUUUAAUGGGCAAUUCCAAGGUCAAUGUAUAUCAGUGUCAGAUUGCACCAUCCAUCAUUGUUUGAGCCAAAGUGGAUUUUGUAGGAGAUGACCAAGAAGGAAAGCAAAGCACAAAAAAUAAGACACAAUGCAUAUAAGCCACAGAGCUUCUGGAAGAUUGUCAUUUGGACAGAUGAGACGAAAAUGGAAACCACAAUUUUAGUGUAAAACUGGAGCUUUUCGGUAAGGCACAUCAGUUCUAUGUCUAUAGACACAAAAAUUAAGGAAACUAAAAAAAAACUUGUCCCUACUGUGAAACAUGGGGAAGGAUCAGUUGUGUUCUGGGGCUGCUUUGCUGCUUGUAAAACAGGGAAUUUGUGUAGGGUACAAUGAAAUCUCAGAAUAUCAAAGCAUUAUGAAGAAAAAAUGUGUCAGAAAGCUUGGUCUCAGUUACAAGUCAUGUGUCUUCCAAUAGAAUAAUGACCCAAAACACAAUCUAGAACACCUAUUCAGCUCAAAACACACAAAAAUGACUAAAAGCAAAACAGUGGACAAUUCUGAACUGACCUUCUAGCUGAAACAUGCCAACUGGAGAAAGUACCCUUAAAAUCUGAGACAAAAAAGUAGGUCAAAAUACCUGUGGACAGAAGUCCUAUCGACAUUUACAGAAAUCAUUUGAUUGUAGUGAUUGUCUCAAAAGGUUGCAAUAUUAGGUUACAGGUACCAUCAUUUUUGUCUAGGUUUGUGUCAUUACUAUGUUUUCUUUAAUGAUUCAGUUGAACCACAACCCAAAAGCAAUGUCUAAUUUUUAUUGGGCAAGUUUCAGAGAUUUGCAUCUAUUAUUAGUCUUGCCCAUUUCAUGUUAGUGAAUAAAUACUGAUUGGUUUCUUCACACUCAAGUAUAAAAAGGGUAAUGUGGAGAGGCAUUUUAAGACAAUCCACUAUUAGCAGAUUUUCACGCUAAUAGCUCUACGAGCCUAGACAGUAAUGGAGCUUAAAAAAAAAAAGCAGCUAGCUGUGGAGUAGACCCAAAAGCAAGUGCAAGAGCAUAAUUAUCAGAUCAGUCACAUUUUUGCCAAGCAUAAAAAGCCUUUCAAAGGCAGACAAAGUUGCAAAAGAUGCAUUUAUCAUUGAUUUUCAGAAAAUAAGUGAGCUUGUGGCUGCUAUUAAAAGAGUGCAGUCAUUUUGGAACACACAUGGUCAGCCCAGUUAACAUGCUAAAAGCAGAUUGAAACUACUUUCAACAUGGGUGCUACGCAGAGACCUUAGGAACUUCCCUCACAUGCAAGCAGAACAUUAUUCUGACAUCCAGCAAAUAGAAAAAACUUGUCAUCUUCAGUGACUUUAGACAGGAAAAGUUUAUUUUGAUUUAACAUCAGACUGUGUAGAAGAAUGCAUAUGUGUCUUUUUAUGUAGUGUAUGUAAGCUUCUGGUUUCAACUAUAUUUUCCUUUUAGAGCACAUACUGAUAUGGAUGACACUGUGUUAAAGUCAGUCUCACUUUUCACCUGGACAGAAAUACAAUCACGAGCAGCACCCGGUAUGGAAGUUCUGAAGCCUACUAUCACAGAUCCGCUCCACCCCAGCAUCCUUGGUUCCACAUCGCCAUAGAUUUUAUUACCGGACUCCCCACAUCCCAAGUUUUUCAGACGGUGAAAGACGCAUUGCCGCAUCCUGCCGAGACACCACUCCAUGCCAUCACGCCAGGUGAUUGGGUUGUGGUGAAAGACUUCCGGAGGACGCGUUGGAACUCCAAACGCUGGAGGGGACACUUUCAAGUGUUGCUCGUCACGCUUACAGCUGUUAAGGUUGCAGAGCAGGCGACGUGGAUUCAUGCCAGCCACUGUAAACGGGUGCUGGAGCCUCAGGAGAACACUCAUCCUGACGGGGAGACAGUAGUCCACCAGUCGUCGGAACGACAGACCGAGGAGGACGACGCGCAACUUUCUGAAUGAGGACAAAUUACUUAACUGCUGCUGGUGUUAAGUGCUAAUAACCUCUGACACCGCAGACAGCCACGUUUAAUUUCCUGGAUCACUGAAAAAACCUUCAUUACAAUUGGUGUUAAGUGCUAGUAACCUCUGACACCCAAAGAGGAAAGGACACAACGAAGGAAUACGGCAGAGAGGGAUCAUAACAACGAACAUUGGUUGCUUUUGUACGUCAAAAGGCUCCCCAACUGGGCGUGCCUUGGUGGCGUAGGGGAUAGCGUGACCCAUAUUUGGAGGCCUUGAGUCCUCGACGCGGCCGUCGCGGGUUCGACUCCCGGACCCGACGAUAUUUGCCGCAUGUCUUCCCCCCUCUUCUUCCCCGUUUCCUGUCAGCCUACUGUCAUAUAAGGGACACUAGAGCCCACAAAAGACCCCCUGGAGGGGUGAAAAGAAAAAAAAAAAAAGGCUCCCCAACCGACGAACUAUUGCUGGUCCACUGGUGAGUGGUCGAAGUGGGGUGUGAAGAUUUAAAAUAAAUAUUAAAAGAGUUCCUGAGUGACGCGACGAAAAGUAUUUCAUCAUGACGUCUUCAUCUUGUUCCAAUUACAGACAUUUGUGUUGGCUAUUUUUUUGUUGUUUGUUUGUAUCACUCAGGUGGUGGGUUUUAUUUCCCUCUGAUGAGGUGGAAAGGUCUCCUCUACGUGAACUGAGAGAUGUUAAAUGGCUGCAUGGGAGGUUAAUAUGUAAAAAGUUUUUUGUAGUCUUUAAAUAGUGAUGAUCAUUUGUAUUUUCAAGCUAGUAUCCUAGCUUAGUUUUCCUAUCCUGUUUUGCUCAUUACAGAAAUGUCUAUGUUUCACAAAGCAAGUGCUUGUCCUUUCUACAUUUUCUGCAAAUGCAUUUUAUGUUUUGAUUUUACAUUUCCUUUGAUCUAGCAUAAUGUUAUUUUUCCCUUUUAAGGUUUAUUUGGUGUAGAGUUUUACCUUGUUGAACAUUGUUGUUGUGACAUUGAUUUUACAUUACUCAAAGUCAUAUAUGUGUUUCAGUAUGAAAUGAAGCCUAGGCGCAAAUUCAAACUGGAAGACUCUUUAGCGACACCCGCAUCAUCCAAUCAGCGCAUCCCGCAUAUCGCCGCCGACCUAUCAACGCCGGACCAAGCCACGCCUCACCUAAUCACUGACCGAGACCCAGCUGAUAAGGACCUCCAUCCACGGCGUCUUCCGCUUUCCAGCCACGCUCAAGCUAGCGUUUCCUCCAUGUCCGACUUCGAGUCAGAUAUUCCAUCGGGUUCUCCGGUUGCUUCUCUCGGGAAUCUCGGUCCCCCCACCUCCUCACCCGCUCGCCGCAGCGCUUGCCUGGCCUCGCGCUCGGAUCCCUUGUCCGCCCAUUUCCAUCCUCAGAUUUAAAGGCAUCGCCCUCACCUCCGGCAUUCAAUCUCCCCAAGUCGCCUCGCUCGCGGCACUUCUGCCUCCCGGUGACUCUUCUCCAUCUCUUCUCCAACCAUCCCCCCCCCUGCCGCCUCUGGUCAGCGGGAAGAGAUCCUGCAAAUCCUCUGCUCCCCCCGCCAAACGACACAAAGGAUGCCCUUCUUUUUCUCAGUCGUCUUCAUGCUCACUCGGCCCUUCCUCCCUACUUGCUCCAAAUCCCACCGCUCACGCCUCGAAUCCAAUCUCAGAAGCUCCCGGUCCUUCCUCAGGUCACCGCUCUCCACCCCCCCCACCCCAUUUCAGCCAGUUGCACCUCUUCUCAUCCACCCUCGUCUCCUCCAUGGACUCUCUCCAGCGCUCCAUACCUUCCCUCUCCGCUCUCCUGCACCACAAAGUUUCCAGCACCGCCAAUACGUCCAUAGUUCCUCUCACUUCCGUACCCUCCACCUCUCAACCCGCCUUUCAACCACCUCCUACGACGUUCACCCUCGCCAACGCCCGCCCAAUGCUUCCUCUAGGUAAGUCUAUCUUUUUUUUUUCUUCUCUUUUGAUUUCUCUUCCCCUCAUCCCAUUUUCCGCAUUCGUCAGCUUACCAGUUUUCCUUCCCCCACUACCAGGCUCAGCUUACACUCCCCUAUACUCAAACAUGUCUCCCAGACUCCGCACAAAGAUACUUCAAGGGCAGUACGUUAAUUUGGCUUCCAUCCUCUUACCCUCCCCUGAAGUCGACCACAGCGUCGCCUCUACGGAACAUUUUACAGCUAUCCUUAAAACAUCAGACCCCCACCUCUCGAAGGACCUGUCUAUUGGUCAAUUUCUAGCCGCAUUCAGUAUUUUUAGAGACGUAUUAUGCUCUAUAUACCCAGAACACCGAGUCAAAUUAGACACCUACCUAGCCCUUAUCGCCGACCUCCACUUGCAAUACGAUCGCUCUCUGUUCUACCAGUAUCACAAAGCUUUCGCUAGCAAAGCCGCCGCAGUCCUUGCACGUUCUGGUCAGUGUCUCAACUGGGCCACCCUGGACAUGGAAAUCCUAGUCAUGCUCACACAAGCAGCUGCUUGUCACCAGUGCGGCGCUUCUGGCCAUCAAAGCGCCUUUUGCCCCUCUCUCCCUUUCAAAUCUAAUCCCACCGCCGCUCCUCCACAGCGCCUCAUGAAUCUCGGCCCCCUCGACCGCCACGGAAGGAAGGUGCAGGUAUUCAAUAACGUAUCUAUCUGCAAUAACUUCAAUGAAUGAAAGCAUCUGCACAUUUCCCAACUGCGCUUUUCUCCACCUCUGUAGUCUCUGCAGAGAUGCCCAUCCAAAAUCAGUUUGUCCCCGCUGCCCGUAUCCCUGAAGCCGUCGAGGUUCCAGGAAUUAGUUUCCCGCUUCCUCUCCACUCCUUACCUCCCAAUUAGCCAUUUUGUCUAAACGUCAGCUGUUAUCCCUGCUCGGGCACCUCAACUUUGCCAUGCGUAUUAUCCCACAAGGACGCUCCUUUAUCUCUAGGCUGCUCGACCUAGCUAACUCGGUCCCUUCUCUACUCGAUCAGGUCUCUCUAGACGAGGGCUGUCACUCCGAUCUCUCUUUCUGGUCUAAACUGCUUAACUGCUGGGACGGCAUCUCUUUUUUUCUAUGAUGAUGUCACUCUCUCCGCCGAUUCUAUCCAGUUUUACACGGAUGCCGCCCCAUCUGCCGGUUACGGGGGGUUUUUCCAGGGCAGAUGGUUCGCCAAGAAAUGGUCCUUUCUGAUCUCUCAAACUGAGUCUUCAGCUUUUUAUGAAAUUAUUCCCAUCGCAGUAGCUUGCCGUCUCUGGGGAAGUCUAUGGGAGCGUAAGCACAUCGUAGCUUUCUGCAAUAAUGCCGCAGUAGUGGAAGCUAUCAAUAAAGGUCGUUCUUCCUCCAAAACCAUUAUGCCCUUUCUACGACGUAUCACGUGGCAAUCCGUGAUCAAUAAUUUUAUCCUCUCCGCGCGCCAUGUCCCAGGUCAUGCUAACAUAAUCGCCGACGUUCUUUCUCGCUUUCAAUUUCAGACUUUUCGACGCCUCUGCCCUUCGGCCAACCUUCUCUCGACUCCAGUACCUUCCUUCGAGGAUCUCGCCCUGAACUAACCCUUACUCCUCUCCAAUUCCUGCUCAAAUCAUCUAAAUUCUUUAUGAAAAAUGGCUUAGCAUCUUCCACGUUCAAAUCUUACUCUGUCGCCUGGCGUAAGUUCUCCAAAUUCUGCCAGUCCCACCAGAUCCCUCUCGUUCCCGUCCUCGUUGACACCGUCAUGGCCUUUAUUACCAAUAGCUUCAUCUAUCAUCACUUUAAGAUCUCUUAUCUCCGCAGCCUCCUAGCCGGAAUUAACUUUUUCACCCAGCUGCACCAGCCCUCCUCCUCCCCUAGUCUCUUUUCUAACCAUGCAGUCAAGCUCCUACUGAAAGGCAUCGCUAAGCAGCACCCCACUCCUCCCAACGACCGAAAACCAAUCACUCUCCCUAUUCUCAAAAACCUACUCACCACCCUCAGCCUAAGCCCAUAUUCUCCUUAUCUCAAGUCCCUCCUUUCAAGCUCUUUCCUCCUAGCUUUUUAUGGACUCCUUCGUCUGGGGGAAUUCACCACCCCUAGCAACCUGAUCGUCCCUUCUAGAGACCUAGCAGUUUCAGACCUCAAGUUUCAUCCAGACUUUUUCAGCCUAUCAUUAAAGCAUUCUAAAUCCAAAGGUGCCUGUUCUAUCGUCGUGGCACGUAACAACGGCCCUUUCUGUCCCUUCCUAGCCAUGUUCCACUUCGCCCUCCUAAGACGUAAGAUCAGUUUCCCAUCCGAGUCCCUGUUCCUAACCCCCGAAGGCUCUCCCAUGACCACUACAUGGUUCCUUAAACACCUGAGACAACUCCUAGCCACAUGCAACCUCCCUCCCAGCCACUUCUCAGGUCACUCCUUCAGAAUAGGUGCCGCCACAUCCGCAGCAGUCCAGGGCAUCCCCUCUACAUCCCUCCAGCUGCUUGGUCAAUGGUCAUCUUCAGUAUUCUCCUCUUACAUACGCCCGGACCUCUCAUCCGUUCUUGCAGCCCAACGCUCUCUCAGUGCCUAGGUAAGCACUGCGCAAUUGACUGGUGGUGGUUGGUCUACCCCAUGCUAGCGUAUGUCCUUUUUAAGUUAAUCCCCCUUUCUGUCCUCACAUCCUCAUUUCAGGUUUCAUUCCAGUAUAAUCUCAUCUCCCGCCUGCAUCCUUACCCGUCACCCCGUGAGUUUACUCUUACAUCUAGUACUUCAUCUCCUCGGCAGGCAGUUUCCUUCUAACUCUUGUCUAGUCCCUUUCUACUUCUAUUAUUCUUACUCUUAUUAUCAAUAAAAAAAAAUAUUACUAUUAUUAUUAUUAUCAUUACCGUUAUUCUCCCUCUAUCCCAGCUACGCGCAACCAGCCCCCCCUCUCGCCAACGCUAUCCCAUAUUAACGCCCCAGCUGGUCUUACCUUCCAGCAUCCCAUUAUCCAAUGCUUAGCGGCACCCCCGACAGCCCCAUUUACCAGCUCACGUCAUCCUUCCCUAUCACAGUAACGCCAGACUCCGUAAAGCCCCAGCCAGUAAGCCCCAAGGAAGUAUAUCUUCUCCCGUCUUCUCUACCUCUCCAAGUCCCUGAUUCCCAGCUUCAGCUCCCAGCCCCAGCCCUCACUUUUGGGGGAUCAUAUUCCUAUCAGCAAUCUUAUCCAUAGCUUCUCCUUAUCACCCCAGCGCGUUCAAUCCACCAGCACCUGCCAUUUCACGUAUAGUGGCGUCCCAGCCGGUUUCCCUUCCACCUGCAUCCCCGGCUAGCCUCCAUCUACAUGCACCCCAUUAUUCAUGCAUAGCGGCUCCCUGGCUGGCCUCAUCUUCCAGCUUUCAGCUAUUGAAUGCAUAGCAGCAUCCCCAGCUGGCCUUCAUCUACCAGCAUCCCGCCUAGCAUGCACAGCGGCGGCCCCAGCUGGCCUCCAUCUACCAGCAGACAAUCAUUUCAUGCGAGCCGCACCCCAGCUGGCUUUCAUCUACCAGCAUCCCGCCUAGCACGCACAGCGGCGUCCCCAGCUGGCCUUCAUCUACCAGUAUACAGUCAUUUCACGUGAGCGGUGCCCCAGCUGGCCUUCAUCUACCAGCUCCCUGCCGUUUGCAUUGCACCGUUUCCCGCUGGCCUUCACCCACCAGCGCCCUGCGGUCUAACGCUACACCGCUCCCCAGCUGGCCUUCAUCAACCAGCACCCUACCACUCAUGUUAUGCCGCAUCCCCCGUUGACCUCCAUCUACCAACAUCCCGUCAUUUCAAGCCCGGCAACAUCCCAGCGUCCUCCACCUACCAGCAUCUCGCUAAUACAUGCCUAGCGGCAGCCCUAGUUGACUUCAAUCAUCAGCUUCAUAAUAUACCCCCUUAUAGUAACAUCACCCACUAUAAUCUUAUUAAUUCAGCCUGUAAGCCCUGAGCUAGCAUAACUCCUCCUCAUUUCUAACCGUUCCCGAUUCUAAUUCCCCGGCCCCGGCCUCAGCCUCCUUUUUGGGGGAUGACAUUCCUAAUCUACAUCGGGAAUGCUCAUCCGAGCCUACCGCAAUACACAGCUCGAUGUCCACAGCCAGGGCCCGAGCGCCAAAGAACUAUUAAAUCUGUGUGUGUCAAUAAACCUCUUAAUAGCUGUUUUUCUCAGUCUGAGUCUCUCCAGAUUGAAAUGAAGCCUAGGCGCAAAUUCAAACUGGAAGACUCUUUAGCCACACCCGCAUCAUCCAAUCGGCGCGUCCCGCAUAUCGCCGCCGACCUAUCAACGCUGGACCAAGCCACGCCUCGCCUAAUCACCGACCGAGACCCAGCUGAUAAGGACCUCCAUCCACGGCGUCUUCCGCUUUCCAGCCGCGCUCAACCCUCCUCCACCCCUUCUCCACCUCGGUUCUCCUGACUCUCCAGGCACUCAUCAUCCACUGACCUCCACCACCAGUGUCGGGCCCGGGGGGAAUGACAUUCCUAAUCUACAUCAGGAAUGCUCAUCCGAGCCUACCGCAAUACACAGCUCGAUGUCCACAGCCGGGGCCCAAGCGCCAAAGAACUUUUAAAUCUGUGUGUAUCAAUAAACCUCUUAAUCGCUGUUUUUCUCCGUCUGAGUCUCUCCAGAUUGAAUUGUUUUUCUAGCUACUUAUAGGGGUGUUUUCUACUGAGCUUAAAUUUUUUGUUCGACAUUGAUUUUUGGUUUUUUUACCUUACCCUAACCCUAUUUGAUGUUAUUUCUUUUGUUUGUUUUUAUGUUACCUUUUUUUAUUACAAUAGUUGUUCUUGAUUUUUAUCAUGUCUUCAAUCGUUGGUGUGAUGUCUCCGUGAUUAUCCUGGUUAGCACAUAUACAGAACCGUCUCCCUGGCAAGGAGGGGUUGCAAGAUAAGUUUUCCUACCUAACACAGUGAUAUUGUUACAGGGUUGAAUAAGUGAAUGCCGGUAGGUUUUCGUAUCUUGUGUAUAUGUGUUUGUUUGUUUUUUUGUCUAUGAUUUUAACUAAAAUCUUGUUUUUGUUUUUGCUGUUCCUCAUUGUCAAACUCACAGCUGAAGGGUUUCUGUAUCUUAUGUUUUCUCCUACAUAUAAUGUUGUUUUUAAGUUAUUUAAGUGCCCAAAGGUCUGUAUUAUUAUUAUUAUUAUUAUUAUUAUUAUUAUU